AUGGCACCUCCCGACACCAGUUCGCCGUCGUCUUCGAGCAACUUCAUACCAUUUCUUGGCGCCAGAUCGCGUCGAGGCUCACUGGCCUCGAUCGCGUCGCGGAAGGAGCUGGACAAGGAUGUGCUGCAGCAGGCACUGAACGACAUACAUACACAUGAAUGCAAGUCGGUAGGAUUGACGUCCUUCCAUGACUUCGACGGCGCAGGAAGCCGGGGAGGAGCCAAAGAGCUUGUCAGUAAUGGUGUCACGGGACUGUACAACAAGUUGCGGCAGAGCGUGGUUGGCGGUGGAAGUGCGCCUGCGCCUGCGCCUGCGCCGGUGAGAGACAGUAGCAGCGCCAAGGUCAGCAGGCCCAAGAGCAGCGAGUCGAAGGAAUCGCUGCCUCUCGUGUCACCGUCACAGCAGUCGUCUUCUCCAGCCGCUUCGAGGCCCGAUAUCAGAAAUCUGACUAUCAAGAAGCCGCCGGCUGACAUCCAGCCUGCUCAUGCCUUGAGCCUUCCCGCUUCUCCACACGUCCGUAGUUUCUCAAGCAGUGAGUCUUCCGAAGUCAAGCCAAGCACGCCAAAAUUACAUACCGCAGAUGGACAGCCAAUCCCGUCCGAUGACGUCCGACAGAGACAAGCUGAGGGCUUGAAAGUGAUGCUGCCGAAAGAUAUUCCCGUCCAUGCUCCAAAGCCUUCGCGUACUGCUCAGGAUGCGCCCACCAAGGAGGAUCUGGACAAGGCGCGCAGUGCGUGGAUGGACAAUGAUCGCAGUGAAGUAGCCACCGAUGCAUUGGCGCGUGUACUCUCGCAUCGUGAAGUGCCGAUCACUGAUCGACCGGAGCAUCUCAAGCGCAUAAAUAUCGAGGACGACGAAGCCAUGGACGACUCAGAUGAUGCGGACGGCCUGGACGAUCCGCUGCCUCAGCCGAGCCGGAUUUUGGUGAAUGACGUUCCCCGUAAAUCGACUCCCGCCCCAGCGAAAGAGCAACGGGAUCCAGGCAGGCCGCCCAUGCCCAGAGCUGGUCCUUCUCACCUGCCUGGCUUCGAUCCAUCCCGUGCGUCAUCCACUAUGGAUGGCUCAGAGCCCGAUUCAAGGUCGAGUUCCAUGGCUCCACCGCUUCGCAAACCCGCUCUAGAACCAUCUCCCAAUCUGAACUCAGCCUUGCAGCGUCGAAGGGCCGGCCUGAAACCCAUGCCAAGUGCUUCAUCCUCGCUGAACAUCUCCAGCAUCACGUCCCUCAAGCGUAGAGUCCUUGCCAAGGACUUCUGGAUGAAGGAUGAAAACGCAAAAGUCUGCUUCUCGUGCGGACAGAGCUUUUCUACCUUCAGACGGAAGCAUCACUGCCGCACCUGCGGACAAAUCUUUGAUGCUAAUUGCACAACACUAGUACCAGGCAGGCCCUUUGCGCUUCCAGGCACCGUGCGACUAUGCAACCCUUGCGAAGAGAUUAUCUUCGGGGAUGACGACUCGACUGUCUUCUCCGACGAUGAUGACUAUCAGCGAAGCCCGAUGGUGCAGAAUUACGACAGCAGUCCUGCGAUACAACGCUUCGACGGACCUGCUUUCAGCAGAGUCGAUACUGAAGUACAGACUCCUUCCAUCGGUAUCCCCGUCUCACGUAGAAAUCGAGAAGCAAAGAGGAGAUCGGCUGUAAUUGAGUUCGACGCACAGCCAACACAUGUGCUGGCGCGUCCGAGCUCGUCGCACUCCUUGAUUUCCCUGAGUAGACGUCCUCGGUCUUCCAGCCAUCAUCGUCGACGGCAUUCUCGUCUUCAGCCGACACGUCUUGGCAGAUCCAGUGUCGAUGCUGAGCGUGGUCCAUUUCAUCAGCAGCAUGGAAGCGAGCAUCUUGAGAAGAAGCCAACACUUCCGACUUUCCACAACGACAAUGUCAUUGAUCCUGACUUGGCUGCAUUCCUUUCGGACGACGGUUCAGAGGACGAAGACCAGCCAAAUAUACUCUCCGCCGUCAGCGACGCGCACGCUGCCUCUCCUGGCGAUCGAGAAAAGCUUGGCUUCAGUAAUCUCUUCUCAACGGGAAUACGCAAGGGGCGAUCAAGAGGCACGGAUCGACGCGUUGCACCUUCGAGUGCACACGAUCUUAAAGAGGAAGACAAAGGCACACCCAGGUUGAAGCGCAGCCGGAAUAUGAGCAAUGCCUCACUGACAUUCAAUCGCACAUCGCCAAGGCGCAGCCGCAGCAAUCUACUCUUGGGGACUGCAGAAGCUGACGGACAUCACGCUCAGCCCACAUCACCCCUCGUCACGGCGGGAUCAACGCAUGCCAGGGUAAUCUCAAGCUCAAGCAUGCAGCAUGAUCAGCCGAAGGAUGACCUAGAGCUUUACCCUGCCAGCUAUGAACAUGUGAAGAAGCUGCUCUCGCAGCUAUUGAAAGAUCACAAUGUGCCGAAUCCACACGCAUGGCAGAAGGCUUUGGUACCAAUUCUGAUGAGAUGCACAGAUGACGUAGAGCCUGAUGUGCAGCAAGGCGAUGACAUGGACAUCCGCCAUUACGUCAAAUUGAAGAAGGUGCCAGGUGGGCGUCCUGGGGAUACAGCGUAUGUGUCUGGCAUUGUCUUCAGCAAGAAUAUUGCUCUGAAGACCAUGGCUCGAUCCAUCAGUCACCCGCGCAUACUCAUUCUAGGCUUCGCAAUCGAGUACGCUAGGCACGAAUCGCACUUCAUGAGUCUGGAACCUGUGAUCGCGCAAGAACAAGAGUAUCUUGCAAACAUUGUCGGUCGCAUUGCGAAGCUCAAUCCACAUGUGGUCCUAGUACAGAAGCAUAUAUCUGGCCGGGCCCUGCACUUGCUGGAAGAGCGAGGUAUCACUGUCGCAUACAACAUCAAGGAGUCCGUCCUGGCAGCAGUCGCCCGCGUUACCGAAACUGUCAUGAUCAAUUCUAUCGACAAACUCACAAUUGAUGCAUCACGAUUGGGAUAUUGCGAAAACUUCGAAGUGAAGACGUACGUUGCUGAAGGUCAUCGCAAGACAUACAUAUACUUGUCCGGUUGUGAGCCGGAUCUUGGAUGUACAGUUGUACUGAGAGGCGGCGACACUAAGACCUUGCGCAUCAUCAAGCGCAUUGCGGAAUUCAUGUGUUACGUGGCCUACAAUCUCAAGCUGGAAAACUACCUGCUCCGAGACUCUUUUGUGUCGGUACCGGCCACAGCACACAGCCAGAUCGAGGCCCAUGACAAUCCUAUCAAUGGCAUUGCAAACCCAGACAACAAGCAAGAGACUAUCAAUCAAACCCUUGCUAAGGAAAUCGAAGGCGGCAGCGACCAUGUUUUCAAGUACGAUGAAUACGAGAAGAAGACACGGCAGCGGAUUCUGUCGGCUUCGCCGUUUGUCAUCUUCAUGCAGCCCUACAUUUUGACGCAAUUACGAGAUCUAGAGCGAAGACUGACUACCUACAAAAUCCUUCGAGACACCUACGCUGCCGCCGAUGAACAGGGCGAAGACCAACCAGAGAGCAAUAUCAGCGAACACUUCAGCUUGGUUCGACCCGACAUGGUGAAUGCACCCGCCUCUAAGGACUUCCCAAAAGCUGUUCGCGAAUAUUUGCAUGCAGUGCACGAGGCUCAGCUCGAGAAAGCAGAACACAUGUUUGAGACACAGGAGCGCCAGUGGCAAUCAUUUCUCGAUGGCAAGCUUGAUCCAUUCGAUCCAUUUUCACACCAAAAAAUUAUGGUCUUGUACUCGAUCGUUAGCAGUAUCACGUCCGCGCCAUGCUCUGGCCCAGGACUUCUUGGCAUAGGUUUCUAUGCGUCGUUCCAGAAGACUGAACCGAACCAUGACGAAGAUAUCACGUUGGGCCAGUAUAUCGAGGACCUCACCUAUGGCGCAAGUACUACUUGUCAUGAGUGUGGUAAGAAGAUGCUGGAUCACCAUAGACAGUACGUCCAUGGCUACGGACAGCUAACCGUCAGUUUGUCGCGCCAGCCUGCAAAGAUGCAGGGCUAUGAUUCGAUCAUCCUCAUGUGGUCGACGUGCAGGCUCUGUCGUCAAGAGACGACAGUGACGCAAAUGAGCGACCACACCUGGAAGUACAGCUUCGCCAAGUAUCUGGAGCUCAGUUUCUGGAGCUCGAAGCUGCAUCCGCGCGCCGGUCUGUGCAAGCACGAUAUUCACAGGGACUUUGUGCGUUGUUUUGGGCUGAAAGACAUAGUCAUUCGCCUGCAAUACGAUCCAGUCGACAUCUAUGACGUUGUCGUUCCGCGAGAACGUGUGACUUGGAAAGUUGAGGCUGACCUCACAGUCAAGAAUGAGCAAUUCACCCACUUUGAACAGCGGCUCGAGGCAUUCACAAACAGCGUCAGGCGGCGUCUUGAGACCAUCAACGUGGACACCCUCGAUGAGAAGACCGCUGCCGAAGCCCACGCGUUGGUUGAUCAUCUAAAGUCUGUGGCAGAGCAGGAUCAUGCCGAUCUUCUGCACAAGCUGCAGGUCAAGUAUGCCACCAGCCGGUAUUAUGAGCUGACUCCGCUCAAUCGAGCGCUUCGUUUCAUGGACGAAAAAGCAAUCUGGUGGGAUGCCGAGUUUGAGAAAUUUGAGAAGAAUUACUUCCCCUCGGAAGGUGACAUUCGCAAACUCGCUGCCCAGCAGCUUGAACAAAUGUUCAAGUCGCAACCGCCCGCCGUCAGCGUUGCAGGGAGCGAAGUUGGCUCUGACACCGAGGACGGGACAGAAGUGCGUAAGAGACCUGGAGCCUCAAGGCAAGCAACACAGGAUGAGCUGCUGAAAGAGAAGGCCCAAGACGUCAUGUACUCUGUUGUGGAGGAGCAUAAGGCUGCAGAAAACGAGAAGCUGGAGCCAGUCAUUAGCAACGACUCCGAAAUGACGCUUGAUGCUCAGCUGACACGAGUGCCAACGCCCAGAAAGGAGCUGGAAGAAGUGGUGGAAAGAGAGGAUGUUAAGCACUUGGAUCUCGCGAUACCAGCGCAGGCUUCUCCCCCAAGUGCUGCAAACACGGAUGAGAACCUAAACUCCUCUUCUCUGGCUGACACUGCCGACCACGAUGCUGGUGAUCGGGAAGAGCCAUUCGCCACACAGCCGAAGCCUCUUAGCUCGGGUUUGCUCGAAAGAAUCGAGGCGAUACGAAGCACCCGUGCUGCUGGCGGUCCCGAUAUUUCUGACAACGAGUCGAAGAUCCCGCGACUAUCUGAUCUGCAAAAGACAGAUGGGCAGCGGAGGAGGGACGCGAGCCCACGUCCAGUAGCGCCGGCACUACUACGCGCCACCUCUUCACCUGGCCAUCCAGCCCACGCCCUCCGCAAUGGCGAGGAAUUGAGCGCGGAUCAUAGCAAUGAUGCUGUGGCAAAGAACCAGAGCCAUUUGCAGGCCCCAGGUCACGACAAGCCAUCGUUAGAGCACCGAAUUUCCGAUCGCAUUGGUAUGGGACGGCUCGCCACAAAAGUGGGCAAAGUUGCUCCUUCCCUCAUCCCCCGCAGCAUACCAUUCAAAGACCACGGCGAGAGUCACAAGAUUUCGUCGACUGUCUCUGCCUUGGCCAAGCAUUUCGACCAAAUGUCGCGUGAAUUCGAGGAAGCACGAAAGAAAGAACGCAGACAACGAGAUAUGAGAAGUCGUCACAAUCGUGCAAAUCCACUUGCGAGCUCGAUGCCUGUUGUAGAGAUCUACUCGAACGCAGCCGACGCUGUUGGCGAAAAGAAGCAAGAAGAAAAACUAGACCAACGGGCCAGAAGUAGAGUUGAGGCAGAAGUUGCAAGAAACCAGCCAGAGGACGUACCUCUUGUCGACAGCGAUCAAAAGUCAUUUAUAUCGGGGAAAAAUCCGCCAAUGGAUGAGGAAUCUGGAGCAGCGCCCGGCGCGGAUAACGUUCCUGGCGAGCUGACAGAUGCAACAGAUGCGGAAGCCAGCGACACGGACCACGAGCGCACACCAGGUCGUAAAAGAGAUGUGUUAGAUCCGAACAACGGCCCUGUGACGAGCAGUCAUGAUUUGCUGGAGCUCGGAUCUGAGCUCACCAUACCGGAGCAUAGGAAAAAUGUCUGGUUUAAAUACUUGGCCGAAUUCUGGAGCAAGCGAUCCGCAUCUGGUUGGGCCAGCCUGGAGUAUCCACUACAUCCUACCGAGCACGUCUUUGAGGACUCCGACAUUAUUGUGCGCGAAGAUGAACCAUCUAGUGUCAUCGCGCUAAGCUUAGCAUGCGCAGACUAUCGAGCCAAGGAGGCACAGUUCCGCAAUAAGCCGAGUCGACAGCCGUUCUCGAAGCAUAGCCAUGGUCACGAGCACAUGCGAUAUAAACACGGACACCAGCACACCGCAUCUCAUUCAAGUGCAGGCCCACUAACGGAUGAAGAGAUUCUCAGUACAGAUAUUGAAGCCAGCUUGCUUAGUGAUACUGGAACACAUAUGAAGUACUCUUUUACCCAUGGAGCUGUCAAAGCGAAUUGCAAGAUCUUCUACGCGGAAUCUUUUGAUGCGCUCAGACGCAAAUGUGGUGUGGCGGACCGGUUCAUGGAAAGCAUGUCUCGAUGCCUCAAGUUCGACUCUAAAGGCGGCAAGACCAAAUCGCUCUUCCUCCGCACUCUGGACAACAGGUUCAUCAUCAAAUCCCUGCAGGAGGUCGAGCUGAAAGCUUUCACCAAGUUUGCGCCUGACUACUUCAACUUCAUGUCCUACACCCUCUUUCAUGGUGUGCCGUCUGUCAUCGCUAAAAUGUUUGGACUCUUCCAAGUCAACAUCCGCAAUCCAGCCACAGGCGUCGAUUUCAGCUACUAUCUCCUAGUCAUGGAAAAUCUCUUCUACGAACGCAACCCCGACCGUCGGUUCGAUCUCAAAGGUUCCAUGCGAAAUCGCAAAAUCGAAUCAACAGGCCAAGCCGACGAAGUCCUGCUCGACGAAAACCUCGUGGAAACAAUCUUCGAAUCGCCACUCUUUGUCCGCGAGCAUUCUCGUAAGCUCCUCCAAGCUUCAGUUUUUAACGACACACUGUGGCUCUGUAAACAAAACGUCAUGGACUACUCCCUAAUGGCAGGCUUCGACGACGCGAGGAAAGAGCUAGUCGUGGGGAUCAUCGAUUGCAUCAGAACAUAUACUUGGGACAAGAAGUUAGAAUCUUGGAUCAAAGAUCGAGGCAAGAACAAACCUACCAUUACUUCUCCGAAGGAUUAUCGAAAUCGGUUUCGGGUCAGUAUGAUGCAGUAUGUCCUCCAGGCACCGAACUGUUGGCAUCAGUUUCAGGCACAGUUGGGCAUGCCCAAGAUGUUGCCGGAGGAGAGUGGGUCUACUACUGCUGCUACUGGGAGUGGGACUUUAGUGCGAAUGUUUCAUUAUGAUAUGAUACGACAGAUUGGACGGCCGCUGAGAGGAGGCGUGUGUUGA